GGCAGACACAAGAUGAAGCAGCUGGAGUUGGCUGAAGACGGAGAUGUCGACGCUAGUGUAGAGGACGGCAAGACGCUUCUGUCUCCCCGCGGUGAACUGGAAGGUCCCAUGCCCUAUUACAAGACAUGGCAUGGGAGUCAUUGGUUCUUCAUGAACGGGCGUAUUGUGGUGCACCAACGACAGUGGAAGUGUUCGUUGGCGACUUGGACAUUCAUCACGGCCCUUGUUGCCGGCUUUGACUACUUUGUGUUCAUUGCAAAUCUCUCUCCUACCCUCAUCACGUGUAUGACCGUUCUCUACAUCAACAUCCUUGUCUGGUUUUGCUUUACAGCCUUCCGCGACCCAGGAUUGGUUCCCCAGAGAUACGACCAACUCGUCGACACAGACAUCGCCCCCGAUCGAUUCUGCACCGUUUGUCUUGUCCACAAACCUCCUCGUCGAAGUCACUGCAGUACAUGCAACUGCUGUGUUGACGGCUUUGACCACCAGUACGUCCCAUCUACCCAUCUGCCUGACCUACUAACUCGUCGUGUCCUAGCUGUCCAUGGUAGUAGUACACACACAUUCAAGGGCGGAACUAGUACUACUUACUAUUGCCCUUUUACCAAGCCAAAUUUGGACUUUUUGUGUGCUGAUUCGUCAAAUCGAUCGAUUCUUUGCAUGUAAAACUGAAUUUGAUUCACUAAUUUUCGAUGUUUUUGCAUUGGUCGAAAUCUGGUUAUUUGAUCGGGUACUUGGUGAGUGUUUUGGAUUUUGAUUGGUCGAUUUUCGAGUGUCUGUCGAUUUGGUUCUUGAUUGAGCACCCAAAUACUCCAAUUUCGAAUCGACAAUACUGUACCAUUUGAUCCUAUUUAAUCUUGUACACACUAUACUAUACAACGAUUAAUAUAUAUGUGGUUUUGCCCAAUGCGGAGGUGUCAAACGUUUGGAUUGGUAGAAAUUCGACAUGACGUGAUUUGAUUGGCCCAGGCGAUUCUUUAAUCGAUUAUUCUCCUAAGAUAUAAUCGACUAUUUGACAAUACUAUUGAAACCUUUGCAUUCUAUAUUUUGCUUAGGACGGGCAACUGCGUCGGGCGUCGCAACUACCGCGCGUUUAUGGGGUUCUUACUGGCGUGCAUAGCCGCGGCAGUAUUCAGUUGUGUGAUGCUGGUGUGGUUUACAAUCGACCAGUGCGUUGUGCACCACGUGUCGUUUCACAAGUUUUUCCAGCAAUUUGUGGUCGUGCCGCCCCUGAUCUACUUUUCGAUGACCGUGUCGGCGUUCUUGGUUGGGUUUGCAGCGUUCCACUGUCGACUCAUUGCUCAGCAACUCACGACCAACCAAUCCCUCCGCCGCCUUCAAACGCCACAAAAUUCAUCCUGGCUCCGCAACUGGAAGUUGUUUUUAACAUCGCCCAUCCCCCCGAGCAAACUGCUCCAAGCGCCGACAUUUCGCACCGUCACUGUUUAAAAAUCAUAAUAUAAUUGACUUGUUCAUGGAA